UAGUGGGGUCCCUCUCGGCCGCCUGUGAUGUUCCCGUGCGCUAUGUUCUCCAAACCGUGUCCCAUCAGUGUGUAUCUAACGUUGACGACGUUAGUCGGUACGUCGCCGCCUGCUACGAUGCACGCCGACGCGGACUCGUAACCGCCCCCACCAAACCCUGCGAGCCCCAUCGCACGUGAUGGAUUAGCCCCAGUCCGACCGCCAGUAAUCUCUAGCCACCGCAAAAAGGAGCCAGGACCGGACCGGAUCGGAGUAGUGCCUUGUGAUGACACGCGCGUGAUUGUGCAGGACUGCCGAGUGUCAAAUUCGAUUUCGCACACGAAGGAGCUAGAACGAGUCUCAUAUGGUUUUCAUGGACGAAUGUCGUUCCGACAUCAACCGGUGGAUCGGGGCUCCCAGGCCGGGGGUGCCGUCUUCUCCCACAGCGCCGGAGGCAGAAGGCCCCCCAGUCCAGAUGGAGCCCGUGGACCUCAGCGUGAAGACGCCCGUGGUCCUCCAGGUGCCCAAAUACCCGCCCCAGCGGUUGCGCAACCCGGCGCCUCCGAACAAGCCGCCACCAGAUAUUCCUAAAAAUGUGAUAGCCCAAGACAUCCCUUCCAGAUCUCUAUCGUCCACGGCGGCACUGUUUGCGCUGCAGAAACUCAAAGAUGCCUCAUUGUCCAUCUCAAGGACGUCCCCUGAAACUUCCAUGGUCAAAAACGUCACCCUCAACAACAACAACAUUAGCGAAGACAACCGCGCCGAUCCCUCAAUGAAGCGUCGAAAGAUCCACCGGUGUGACGUCAUGGGGUGUAACAAGGUGUACACGAAAAGUUCGCACCUGAAGGCGCACAAAAGGACGCAUACAGGGGAAAAACCGUACCAGUGUUCAUGGGACGGCUGCACCUGGAAGUUCGCCCGCUCCGACGAACUAACCCGACACUUCCGCAAGCACACAGGCCAAAAACCCUUCAGUUGCAGCCAAUGCCAGCGCUCCUUCAGCCGAUCCGACCACCUCUCCCUCCAUAUGAAAAGACACUAAUAGCGAAUUUACACUCAUUAGAAAAAUUGAAGCUAGGCUAAACCGUCUAUCACACAGCUCAGACCCGUACAAAAACAGAACAAAUUGGUGCUAACUCUCGGUGCUGACGUAUCGUGAACUCUGAUGCUGCCGACACCAUUUCCGAAACGUCAAUCACGUAAUUGUAAAUAAAAUUAUUUAAUUGAUGUACAUUUGUAAAUACGAAACUCAAGCUGGUGUGAGAUUAAAAUUGCCAACAUUCCUAAUUUCUAGUUUGUAAGAAACACAGUAAUCGGAACGAUGUGCCAGUAGUAAAGGUCAGAAUAGUUUAAGUCUUCCGAAUGCAAAGCAGGGCGCUGACGAGCCCUGCGGUAGCUGAGACAAUCCCUACAUAAGUGCAAUUAUAGUUAGUUGGCUUUGUUAAGUUUAAGUAAAUCAUAUAUUUUGUAUAUGUAAGGGCGGGGCUAUAAUUUAUAUUUUGUAAAUAACUCAAAAUUCGCCCCGCGUCCCACAUUUAUUCUAUACUGUAUAUUUCUAAGUUAUAUGUAAUGCCAGUAAUAGGGGCCAGUAUAUUAUGUUAGUCGUAACCACUUCCUUUCGGAUCUCUAAUUUAGUUCAUUAAGAUCCAGGCUGAUCAGCUAAGACUCCUUCAGUUCAGGAAUUGAAAGGAUCAAACUUGAGUAGAUUGAAUUCUGGUUAAUCUUAUCGAAAGUCACUUUCUUAGCUGCUUCACCCUGCACUGCAGCGACAUGGGUGACCAUUUCACACCCAUCGGGCAUUUUCAGUCAAGACAAUAACAAGAUGUUAUAUUUUAUAGAUGGGACAUAUUUAUUAAUGUUAUUAUUUUAAGUUGUUUCAAUAAAAUAUGUGGAAGGGU